AUGUCACCAGGCAUAGAUAAUAAUGAUAAUGUGGUGGUAAAUCUCCCCAUGGACUUUGUUAACAUUUCCCACAGUGAACCCUCAGUCAACAACGAAGACUUCGAGCUCAAGAAGGAAUAUGAACAACUUCUGUUAGCAUGUCGAACAGGCGAUGCGGAUGCAGUGGAUUCACUCACGCUGAUUCCCAACUUGGAUAUAAACCGUGUGGACGAGUGGAACUAUACGCCAUUGAUCUUAGCCUCAUUGUGUGGUCACCUCCACAUAGUGAAACUACUUUUAUCUCGAGGUGCAGUUUGUGAUCGAGAUACCUACGAGGGAGUCCGGUGUAUCUAUGGGGCAUUGAAUGAUGAGAUUCGGAACUUGUUGUUAAGUUAUGACAUCACAAAGAAAGUGGAUGACAACCAGCCGUUUUCCGCACAUAUCUCCAAGCUAUUACUGGUGGUGUUUUCGUCACUUUCAGCUCGAGAUUUGGCCUUUGUGUUUCCAGGACUGGUAGACCCAGCCCACCGUGUAUUUGUAGUGAACCGCUUCCUUCUUGCUGCCCGUAGUCGCUACUUCAACUCGAUGUUGACCGCCGGAGGAGAAUGGAUGGCUAAGUCGGUGGUUGUCAUGUCUGAGAAGGCUGAUGCUGCAGCUUUUGCAUCCAUCAUCGACUACAUUUACCUCAGGCUCGAUUCUAUACCAAUAUCGGGCGCUCUAAGUGGGUUUCGCAGCUUUGCAGAGCAAUUCGAGCUCAAAGAAUUGUUGGAGGUGAUGGAUGAGCUGCCUAGUAGUCAGAAGGGAAAAUUGCAGAUGCUGAAGAAACAGCAAUCAGAUUUGGUGGAAGUUGCACGGAACGAAUUGAUGGUCUUUUUAAAGGAAAACGUUUUGGCAAGCAAAUGUGAAGUGGUAUUAGAAGAAGACGUUGACUUCGAAGAUGUCGAUGCAACCACGCUUUUGGACACUAAGAUUCACACUAAGUUAUUGCAGUCCAACGCCUUUGCAGAUAUCAUCAUGUCUUCGAUCGACGUGGACUCGGGCUCGGUGGUAUACUACCCUGUACAUCGGGCUGUGUUGAGUCGCUCCGAUUACUAUACAACCAUGUUCAAGUCGGAGAUGUUCACCAAUUCGCACGAAGUGCCAGUGGUGAUGGUCAGGGACCAAGAACUUGUGGACAGACCGAAUGUCGAGAUAGAGCAUGUUCCUGUGCUUCAGGCAUCCGUCAACACCACUAACUGGCAGGUGACAGAAAUUAUUCUUGAGUUCCUCUACUACGACAACGUGCAGCAUAUCCCAUCCAAUCUCAGCGUUGAGUUACUUUUCGCAGCCGAUGAGCUCUGGAUCCACCGGCUCAAAAUGUUGACUGCCCUCUCCAUCACAUCCUUAGUGCUGACAUUUGACUACGAGAGUCUUCUUGCUCUUCCGGACUCCACCGGCUAUGAUGUUUGCGACUUGGUGGAGAUCUCAUGGCAGACUCGAUGUGAUAGACUUGAGCAACACAUGACCAAGUUAAUUGCUCACAACUUGGAGGAAAUAUGCAGCCAUGACAACCUCCGUGAGAGACUAUCAGGUCUUAUUCGGAAAAGUGCCGAGCGAAUUAGGGAACGACAAGAGACUGACACUAUUGAAUUGGUGGAUGACAUUCGGUUCUACUUGGCGAAGAAAUAUGCUGUGCACAAUGAUUUUGCAGAGCUUGAUGGAGUGGCAGCCACCUGGAGUGCAACACGUGAAGAGAAUGUCCGUGGGGACAACAAUAUUUAUUUGGCAGCCAUGAAAGACUAUGAUGAGGAUGUUUUAUUGGUGGAGACGUUGUUGGAAGAAUUGGCGCUUGAGGCAUAA